UCGAGCUACACGUCUUGGCUAAUCAAGAAAAUAGGUGAACGCUGUGCUCCCUAUUUCCCUGCAAAUUUUACUGAUGUUAAGGAAUCUUAUUCACAUAAAACAGGAAUAUGACUGGGACUGUGGACUAGCUUGUGUCCGGAUGGUCCUCAAGCAGGCUUCUGCAGGAACCUACAACGAAAGGAACUUCCAGAAAGCAUGUCAGCAACUGGGCUUUGGGACCAACGUCUGGACCAUCGAUUUGGCUAGCGUUUUGACUUAUUUUAACGCUAACUAUAUCUUCUACACUGAAACAUUUGGAGURGAUAUGAGUUAUCAAAAUAGUACCUUUUACCAAGAUGCGUUUGAAAUGGAUGAACGUCGGGUGAAGCACUUGUUUUCGUGUGCUGAGGACCUCAACCUAAAUAUCAAGAAAAGCUCUAUUUCUCUUAACACCAUAUGCAGUAACAUAGACAAUGGUCAUCUAGCAGUAGUUCUUGUGAACAGUAACCUUCUUUAUUGCAAAUKGUGUAGACUAACAGAUAGACAUCAUCAGCUGAGGUACUUGGUGCAUAAGCUCAAAAAAGAUKGCUGUAACUAUAAAGAAGACUAUGCUGGUCAUUAUAUUGUUGUAUGUGGAUACAACCUCCAAGCAAAGUGCUUCUAUUACAAAGAUCCUUCUYGUGAAAGUGGUCUUUGUUGCAUACCAUUCAGAGAAUUUGAACAAGCAUGGCAUUGCUAUGGGACAGAUAGUGACAUUAUAUUCAUUGAUAUGGAAGGUACUAGCAAGAAUGGGCAAGAAUAAUCAUUUAAUUGAUAAUUUUGUUGAAUGCAGUUCUGGUGUGAUGUUAUAAAUCAUGUUAUAGCUUUCGAUCAAUUAAGCCUUGGUCUGGAUAUUAUGCUCAAUAAUAUAUUAUUUGUAUAUUUGGUCAAGAUGUUUAUGGUUUG